UCCAGCUGGCUCAUCUGACACUGCAGUUCAGGGGAGAGACAGAAAGCAGACUGUGUCAUGUUACAAACUAGUGUGGAGCAGUCACAUCUCAGCUCUCCACCAGUAGAGAAUUACACCUUCCCAAAUGGGGACUUUCAUGUGUAAUUUCCUGGCCAUUCUGACAAGCAACUAAAAUCCAAGCAAAAGAGGGAGCCACAGCCAAGCCUAACAUCUGAGCAGAACUUUUCCUGGAUCUGGAAGUUUUGCUUAUUUUGUAACUACCAACCUUUGGAUGUACCUGGUCAUCACUGCCACCCUGGACCCUGGAUUCUGUCUCUUGGAUUAACAUUUGGGGUUUAUUUAUUGUAUUUAUGUAUUUAUUGUUCCUCUAGACAUGGAAGGGAAGAGCUGUAACGCUGCUAGCAAAGAUACCCACGCAAGGAGUGUAAAGUUCCCCCACAGGACUGAAGAGUGCGGGAGGUGCAGCAGGUCUUCUGCCCUCAUGGGAUGUGGUUUUGCCGGGGUAUCUGCAUUUUCUCUGGUUCUCAGCCUCCUGUUACACUUUAGAACUUCAGACUUGCAGUCCAGGGUUUUAGAUUUAGAGAGGCAGAGAUAUGCUCAGCUCUCUGCCUCAGUCUCUGCAGACCAAAUGGAGACAUCUAUUUUGGGAAGAGUUGACCAACUGCUGGAAGAGAAAUUAAAAUCCCAUUUACCUAGGCUUCGAGAAGCAAGAGACACAAGCCCAAAAUGCCUUUGCCCACCUGGACCUCCUGGAGCAAGGGGCAGGAGAGGAAAAAAUGGGGAUUCAGGUACCGUAUCUUUGUCUCUGGAGCAUUUAGUUGUAAAAUGUUAUUACCGAUUACAUUUUUAA